CCCUACGGCCCCCCUGCCCCCCGCCCCCGCCCCGGCCCGCUCCCCUCCCACCCCCGCCCCCAGCUCUGAUUUCUUCUCCCGAGCGAGCUCGGCGGGAGACACAGGCGCUGGCUACCCCGGCCGCACUCCGCCUCCGCCGCGCCCUCCCCACCCGGGAUGGGCCCCGCCGCCGGAGCCCUCGCCUCCCGGCCGCCGCCGCCGCUUCGCGCGCCCUGAACCCCGGGCUGCCUCCGCUUGGGCCCCGCAGCGCUCACCAUGCUGCCCCCCGCGCCCUCCCGCCUCGGGCUGCUGCUGCUGCUGCUCCUGUGCCCCGCGCACGUCGGCGGACUCUGGUGGGCGGUGGGCAGCCCCUUGGUCAUGGACCCCACUAGCAUCUGCAGGAAGGCUCGGAGGCUGGCAGGGCGGCAGGCUGAGCUGUGCCAAGCAGAACCGGAAGUGGUGGCCGAGCUAGCACGGGGCGCCCGGCUUGGGGUUCGAGAGUGCCAGUUCCAGUUCCGUUUCCGCCGCUGGAACUGCUCCAGUCACAGCAAGGCCUUCGGGCGCAUCCUGCAGCAGGACAUCCGGGAGACAGCCUUCGUGUUCGCCAUCACGGCUGCAGGGGCCAGCCAUGCCGUCACACAGGCUUGCUCCAUGGGGGACCUGCUGCAGUGCGGCUGCCAGGCACCCCGCGGCCGCACCUCGCCCCGGCCUGCUGGCCUGCCUGGCACCCCAGGGCCGCCUGGGCUCGUGGGCUCCGCGGAGGGCAGUGCCGCCUGGGAGUGGGGCGGCUGCGGCGACGACGUGGACUUCGGGGAUGAGAAGUCGAGGCUCUUCAUGGAUGCACAACACAAGAGGGGCCGCGGGGACAUACGCGCGCUGGUGCAGUUGCACAACAACGAGGCCGGCCGGCUGGCCGUCCGGAGCCACACGCGCACGGAAUGCAAGUGCCACGGGCUGUCGGGCUCCUGCGCGCUGCGCACCUGUUGGCAGAAGCUGCCCCCGUUCCGCGAGGUAGGCGCGCGGCUGCUCGAGCGUUUCCACGGCGCCUCCCGCGUCAUGGGCACCAACGACGGCAAGGCUCUGCUGCCCGCUGUGCGCACUCUCAAGCCGCCGGGCCGCGCCGACCUGCUCUACGCCGCCGACUCGCCCGACUUCUGCGCCCCCAACCGGCGCACCGGCUCUCCGGGUACCCGCGGCCGCGCCUGCAACAGCAGCGCCCCGGACCUCAGCGGCUGCGACCUGCUGUGCUGCGGCCGCGGCCACCGCCAGGAGAGCGUGCAGCUCGAGGAGAACUGCCUGUGCCGCUUCCACUGGUGCUGCGUGGUGCAGUGCCACCGCUGCCGGGUGCGCAAGGAGCUCAGCCUCUGCCUCUGACCACCUCGGGGCUCCAGCAGGGGGCGCUGACCUGCCAUUGCUCCCCGCGGCCGAGAGGGGAGUGUCCGAGAGGACACCCCCCUCCCAGGCCCUGAAAACUGCUCUGAGCUCUCUGUGGACUCAGGAAGGCCCGGGCCGGGAGAGCGCCUGCAUCUCCAAAGAGUCACUCUGGGGACUUUUCGGGGACACUAUGCGGCAUCUGUCUCCUUGACCCCCAACUGGAAACAGCCAGGGCCAGACGGUGGCUCACCUGGUUAAGCGCACACAUUACAGUGCACAAGAACUUGGGUUCAAGCCCCUGGUCCCCACCUGCAGGGGGAAAGCUUCAAGAGUGGUGAAGCAGGGCUGUAGGUGUCUCUCUGUCUCUCUCCCUCUCUAUCUCCCCUCCCCUCUCAACUUCUGUCUCUAUCCAACAAUAAAUAAAUAAAAAGGCUUUUAAAAGAAGAAGAAACAGAGAGCCAGUUGCCAGGGCUCUCUGAAGAUGGGGUUCCUCAAGAGCACUGGCCAUGGACUGGGUGGGUGAGUUUAGUAUCAAUAAAGAUAUUUAAACCAA